AUGAAUGCGAUUAAAAGGUUUCACAAAUUAGAAAGUAAACUGAUCAAUGAUACAGUCAUACGUCAACAAUAUUCGGAGUUCAUGAGGGAAUAUGAAAAACUCGGGCACAUGACCAAGGUGCCGACGUGGGCAACGGAAGUGGAUGGAAAGGGAGUUUUUUACCUACCACAUCAUGGUGUCGUGAAGGAUAGUGCAACCACUAAACUACGAGUGGUGUUCGAUGCAUCCGCCAAAACAGGAAACGGUAUUUCGUUGAAUGAUACGCUAAUGGUGGGUCCUACAAUACAGGAAGAUCUUUUUGCUAUAAUCAUUCGUUUUAGACAACACAAUGUAGCAAUGGUAGCGGACAUAGAGAAGAUGUACCGGCAGGUGGAAAUUGUAGAAGAGCAACGUGAUUUACAGCGAAUUAUGUGGCGUUCGGAUCCAAACCUGCCUCUAGAAGUCUACACAUUAAACACCGUAACAUACGGCACAGCUCCAGCUUCAUUCAUUGCUAUACGAUGCUUGCACCAACUCGCUUUAGAAAACAGUAAAAAGUACCCAGUAGCAUCACAAGUAAUAACUCGCGAUUUUUAUGUUGAUGACCUCAUCACUUGUACAGACACCAUUGAAAAUGCACAAAUUUUGAGGCAAAACAUCACCAACAUUUUAGAAAGUGGAUCCUUUCCUCUUCGGAAGUGGAAAACUAACAAACCAAACAUUUUCAACGAUAUUAACAACAUUUCAGAUCUACCAGAUCAUUAUCUAUCAACCGAUGACCAAUCAAAAAAUUUAGGGCUUGUCUGGAACUCUCAAUCAGACACGCUACAUUUCAGCACAGAUUCAAUACAAAUUGAAAAUAACAAUUUCACAAAACGCGAAAUACUCUCCGUAAUUGCUCAGUUAUUCGAUCCAUUGGGCUUGGUCGGUCCAGUAAUUGUUAAAGCCAAAGUUAUCAUGCAAAAACUUUGGCAGCACAAAGUAGAUUGGGAUCAAAUUGCUCCUUCACCAAUAAUUUCAGACGAUGCAUCUACUAUCGCGUAUGGUGCGUGUUCAUACCUACGAACUGUAGAUAACUCCGGACAAUGCUCUGUACGUUUAAUUUGUGCUAAAUCAAGAGUAGCACCUUUAAAGGUUGUCACGUUGCCACGCUUGGAGCUAAACGCAGCUUUAUUAGCAACGAAUCUGACAGCUAAGCUCAUGGAGGCUUUUACUUGUCGUAUAUCUAACAUUUUUUAUUAUACUGAUUCAACCAUCGUUUUAUCGUGGUUAAAUACGGAACCCGCACUUUUAAAAACAUUUGUAGCAAACCGCGUAGCGGACAUACAAGGAAAAUCCAAAAUCGAAAAUUGGCAACAUGUAAAAUCCGAACAUAACGCGGCUGACAUCAUCUCGAGAGGAUCACUACCCAGUCAGCUGCUCGAAUGCGACAUGUGGUGGAACGGGCCAUUCUUUCUAAGCAAUCCUAAUCGACCGGUCACGAAUAAUAAUUUUUUACCACUCAUUGAAUUACCAGAGGUGGAGGCCACUCUUAAUUCUAGACCUCUAAUCCCAUUAACCGAUGAUCCCAACGACCUUUGUCCUUUAACUCCCAGUCACUUUUUAAUUGGCGACGUGUUGAAGGCCAUACCUCAAUCAAACGUUCAGCAAAUACCAGUUAACAGGCUAUCAACGUAUCAUGCACUGCAGCAAAUGUAUCAUCAUUAUUGGCGACGUUGGUCUUCCGAAUACGUCUCAACUUUGCAGCAACGUGUAAAGUGGAAAACUGCAAGUAAAGAACUUCUCAAUAUAGGAGCUCUCGCCUUAUUGAAGGAUAAGAAUUCGCCGCCAUUGUAUUGGGCUUUAGCUCGCAUUGUUAAGCUGCAUCCAGGCAGCGAUGGCAUCACUAGAGUAGUUACCCUCCGUGCGAAGAAUGGAAUCCCGAGGAGGGCGGUGUCAGAAAUUUGCGUCCUACCCAUAGACGUUUAA